AUGACAGACGCCAACCGGACGCCAGCAUUAAACACAGUUAUUUCGAUGCAAGACCAACAAGCUGACAUGUUUAAGAAAUCUGAAUUUGAUAAUCCAAUUUGUCUUAGCGAUGAAUACUUUAAAGACAUCAAUGGGGACAUGAACCUCACCUUGGUUGAUAUGGGGGUUAUGGAAAAUUUUCUUCAAGAUGAGGAUACAAUGGAAGCCGCCCAAAAGUUUAACCCUCAUUAUGAAACAUUCACUCCGGUAUCACCAUCUGGUCCACCUGAAACCGAAAGCUAUGCUGGGCCACUAAAUUUUUUAGUUGAAAUAAAAGCCUCUGAGACAGAUAGGAAGAAAUAUCUUUAUUCCGCCCGUCUCAACCGCAUAUACGUGGACAUGGGGGAGAAUUUCCCGGUGCACUUCAGUUGGGAUGUGGCAAAGAAGAACCUGUUGUACCACCAGGGACAGGAUUUGUACGUGAGAGCGACCGUUGUCUUCUCCGACCAAUCCCAAGCAGAGAAACGCGUAGAGCGGUGUUUACAGCACGUGCAUGAACCUAAUAAUCCAGGCAACGAGGCCAUUGUAAAGAACGUGCUGCGUUCCACUCGAGCACUGGGCACUGCCGGUGUCCACUAUUGUGGCGUGGCUUCCCGAGCCGACUCCUGGCUGUCAGUUCUGGUGCAUUUCCCUGCUCCAGGCGGCCACGCGUACCAAUUCGUCUGCAAGAACUCCUGCUCGUCUGGCAUCAACAGGCGUGCCAUAUCUAUAAUAUUCACCCUGGAAGACAGCUGUGGAAACGUGCUGGGCAGGCAGAGCGUUGGCGCCCGUGUGUGUGCCUGCCCCAGAAGGGACUUGUUGAGGGAUGAGGCGGAGGUUGGCAAAGGCAAAAGGAAGAAGCAAACCCAGCCGGACAACCCGAAGAAGGUGAAGAUCGAAGUGGUAGAGAAUGAUGAUGAAGUGGUGAACCUACCAAAGAUCCCAAUAAAGGGAAUUAAGACUGUAAUGACAGGACUGGAAGUUAUGCAAAGAAUGAUGGAGGUGAGUGUCAGCGAAGUGGCCAAACGGAAAGACCAGAAAGCGGUUGACGAGUACAACAACUGCCUCGCAAUUCUCCAAACCACAAUAGAAAAUUUAAAGAAAGGCCUGAAACCACCUCAAACUCAA